AUGCCCAACUGGAACGAGCUACGCGGCGACAUAGCCAAAGGUGAUGUGCUGAUUCCAUGGGAUGAUGGAUACGCCACAAGUCUCAAGAGAUGGAGUGCUGUGGUUGUUAGGCCUGUAUGUGCCGAAGAGGUCUCUGUGGCCAUAAAAUUUGCUACCGCAAACAAGCUCCCGCUGGCUGUUUGUGGUGGUGGUCAUUCGACAAGUGGGAUGUCAUCAUCAAAAGGCAUGGUCAUUCAUCUUGGAAAUAUGCGAAAUGUUGAAGUCGAUCAAGUCAGUAUGACCGUGUCUUUUGAUGGUGGCUGUCUUUGGGGCGAUGUAGAUACUGCUCUAGAGGCCUAUGGACUAGCUACUGUCGGUGGUACAGUGAAUCACACAGGCGUGGGUGGGCUUAUCCUAGGGGGAGGCCACGGCUGGUUGACAGCAAAAUAUGGCCUCACAAUUGACAACCUGAUGUCGGUUCAGAUAGUGACAGCCGAUGGAUCCAUCCUUGAAGCCUCUGAAUCGCAAAAUUCAGACCUUUUCUGGGCUGUCCGUGGAGCUGGGGCUCAGAUUGGAGUCGUCACACGCUUCAGAUCUCGCGUCUAUAAGCAGGGACAGGUCUGGAGCGGAACUAUAACAUUCAUACCUAGCAAGCUGCGUGAACUGGUGGCAUUUGCAAACGAGUUUCACAGUCGGGAUCAACGAGAAGGCCACUGCUUAGCUAUAGCUGUGGGUUUCACACCAGAUGGAGCAAACCGCAUCCUUUCUGCUAUUCCGCUUUACCAUGGCCCAGAAUGGGAAGCGAAGGGAUACUUUUCAAACCUUCUUAGCAUCGGAUCCAUCGAGGAUAGCACAAGUAUGAUGUCCAUUGCGCAAGUCAACACACUGCAAAACCCAAUGUGCGAAUAUGGCAUCCGCCGCCUCCAGGGCUCUGGCAAUGUGACGAUGCCUCUCCACGCAGCCGCUUUCCAACAAAUGGCCGAUACCAUCUGGUCUUUCCACGAUAUGCAUUCUGACGUAAGGAUCUGCGCCUUAGCAGUUGAACUUUUUUCAACACACAAGUUGCGCGAAGUGCACCAAGGCACUACUGCAUACGCCAACCGCGGGGAGUACUACGAUGCUGUUACUAUAUUUGGGUGGAGCAACCCGGCACUCGAUUCUACUGUUCGGCUGUUUAACUCGGAACUAUGCGCACAGAUACGCCGUGCGAACGGAUACGAGUACCUGGGUCGUGAUAGAGAGGAGGACUCUAGAGAAGAGCCAGUGGGACGUUAUCUCAAUAUGGAAUCAGAGCCGUUGAUGCCAUCUGAAGCAUAUGGUUCGAACUUGGAGAAAUUAAAAAAAGUGAAAAAGAAGUUUGAUCCAGGGAACAUUUUUCACAAAUGGCAUGGGUUAGGGGUUGAAGAAAUGGAAAAAGCACCUAGUAAUUCCUGA